UCCCCUUCUUCUCCCAGACAGACCCUGCCCUUUCCUUUCUGUCGCCCUGUCUGUGGAUUCUGUAUUGGAGAGGUUUGGGACACUGACAAUGGGAAGCUUUCUUUACGGCCUGCAAUGCUGACACUCCUGUUCCUCCUGUUGGGAAUUUAUGUUAAGUGUUCCCAGUGUCCCCUUUGAAUGUCUGUCAUUAUGGCGAAGCGUGAGACUGGCAGCACCAGCCCUGUGGUGAGGCAGAUAGACAAGCAGUUCCUGGUCUGCAGCAUCUGUUUGGACCAUUAUCACAACCCAAAGGUGCUACCCUGCCUGCACACCUUCUGUGAGAAAUGUCUACAGAACUACAUCCCUCCCCAGUCUUUGACACUAUCCUGCCCAGUGUGCAGACAGACUUCUAUCUUGCCAGAGAAGGGUGUGGCAGCCCUGCAGAACAACUUCUUCAUCACAAACCUAAUGGAGGUGUUACAACGAGACCCAGAGUGCAGCCAGCCUGAGGCGGGCAAUGUUCUUGAGUCAGCCAACGCAGCUACAACCUGUCAGCCCCUUUCUUGCCCUAAUCACGAGGGCAAGGUGAUGGAGUUUUACUGCGAGUCAUGUGAAACAGCCAUGUGUCUGGAGUGUACAGAAGGAGAACACAGGGAACAUGUGACGGUGCCUCUAAGGGAUGUGCUCGAACAGCAUAAGUCAGCCCUUAAAGGUCAGCUGGACACUGUUCGCAACAGACUACCUCAGCUGACAGCUGCCAUUGACCUUGUGAAUGAGAUCUCCAAGCAACUUACAGAAAGGAAAAAUGACUCUGUGACAGAAAUCAGUAAUACUUUUGAUGAGCUGGAGAAGGCCCUACACCAACGCAAGACUGCUCUCAUUACUGAGGUGGAAAACAUCUGCAGCACCAAGCAGAAGGUGCUUCAAACUCAGCUUACCUCUUUGCUUCAGGGCAGAGAGAACAUUCAGAGUAGCUGUAACUUCACAGAGCAUGCCCUGAGCCAUGGGAGCGCCACUGAAGUCCUUCUGGUCCAAAAACAAAUGGGUGAGAGGGUGAGUGCUCUGGCAAGACACAGCUUUCCCGAGCAUCCUCAUGAAAACGGACAUCUGGAAUGCCAGGUGGAGACGGAUGGAUUGAGGCGCUCCAUUCAGAAUCUAGGAGUCCUGAUCACAACGGGGGCUGUAGGCCAUACCAGCGUUGCCACCGGUGAAGGUCUGCGACAUGCACUAGUUGGCCAACACACCACUAUCACAGUCACCACUAAAGACAAAGAUGGAGAAUUGGUGAAGACUGGUAAUGCGGUUCUUAGGGCAGAGAUCAUCUCUGCGGAUGGGGUGUGUACUGAAGCUGAGGUGGUGGACAACAAAAACGGCACCUAUGAGGUUGGAUACACCCUCCGCUCUGAGGGAGAAUUCACCUUCUCUUUGCUGCUAUAUGAACAGCCUGUGAGGGGGAGUCCUUUCCGUUUGCGUGCUGUCAAACCGUCAGAUGUCCUGCAGUCUCCAGACGACGUGAAGAGACGAGUGAAGUCCCCAAGCGGAGGAGGAGGUCAUGUUCGCCAGAAGGCCGUGCGCAGGCCUUCCAGCAUGUAUAGCACCACCAAGAAAAAGGAAAAUCCAAUAGAGGAUGAGCUGAUAUAUAGAGUUGGAACAAGAGGGAGAGAUAAAGGAGAAUUCACCAAUCUUCAAGGCAUCUCGGCCUCCAGUAAUGGUCGGAUUGUGGUAGCAGAUAGCAACAACCAGUGCAUACAGGUUUUCUCUAACGACGGCCAGUUUAAGAUGAGGUUUGGGGUAAGAGGUCGUUCACCAGGCCAGCUGCAGCGCCCCACAGGAGUCACAGUAGACAUGAACGGGGACAUAAUAGUAGCUGACUAUGACAACAGAUGGAUUAGCAUCUUCUCCUCGGAUGGCAAGUUCAAGAAUAAGAUUGGUGCUGGAAGAUUAAUGGGCCCCAAAGGUGUGGCUGUGGACAAGAAUGGACACAUUAUCACGGUUGAUAAUAAGGCCUGCUGUGUCUUCAUCUUCCAAUCAAAUGGGAAGUUGGUGACAAAGUUUGGCGCCAGAGGAACAUCAGACAGACACUUUGCAGAGAAAAGUGGUGCAAACAUUGCACUGGAUACAAAGAUUAGUAAAUCUGGCCCUGUUUUCAGUCCUCACUUUGUGGCUGUAAAUAACAAAAAUGAGAUUGUGGUAACGGACUUCCACAACCAUUCAGUGAAGGUGUACAAUGCAGAUGGGGAGUUCUUGUUUAAAUUUGGCUCACACGGAGAGGGGAACGGCCAGUUUAAUGCUCCAACGGGUGUGGCUGUGGAUGCCAAUGGAAAUAUCAUCGUUGCUGAUUGGGGAAACAGUCGGAUCCAGGUGUUUGACAGCUCAGGGUCUUUCCUCUCCUAUAUCAACACAUCAGCGGACCCGCUUUAUGGCCCCCAGGGCUUGGCUCUCACAUCUGAUGGCCACGUGGCGGUGGCAGACUCUGGGAACCACUGCUUCAAGGUCUACCGUUACCUACAGUAGAUACCCGAGAUAGCCAUCUUAAACACCGCAAGCACUGACGACACAACCAAUGUAUUCCACAAGGUGCAAUGAUUUUUCCAGUACAGCCUUUUGUGUGUCGCCUCACCUUACCUUUAUGAUGUGAAUUGACCAUAGACAGCAUAAAAGGUGGACGUCGCUACCAUGACAUCAUCCAUCUCAUUUCAAAAUACCAGAUGUGAUGAGGAGGGGUGGGUUAAAAUCUGAAACUGCUUGCUCAUUGGCUAAUAACUUACAAGUGGUUAGCCAAUGAUUGGGAUAAUCAUAGCACAUUAAUCCACAGAUAAUGACCCUUUUUGAAACAUUGUAUGACCAAGAUUUACAAAAUAGACUUAAUUUUUUUUUCAGUGUGCACCAAAAUGAGUGACUAAGUCAUGAGGGAAGGGUUUACAGAGCCCAAGGCAGAAAGCCAUUUUCCCAUAAACUUCAAAGUCUUUUUGCACCGUCAUCUAUUGCAUUCUGAUGGCCUUGAGGUAGAAUGCUCUAUUAAGCUGCUGCUUGCACUGGCUUCAUUUUUGCUAUCCUGGAAACUACGUCCAUGUUUUAUCCUGUCUGUGGAACUGACGGUUAACUUUAAAAUUGAGUGACGUAGCGUACCUCGGAACAAGCGAUGACUUGAAGCUAUGGACUGGUUUUUGAAAAUCUACAAAUACUGACGUGGAUGGUAUUCUUAAACAACACUUUCUGUGAGAGCUGACAGGGUAGGAGAUUGUUGGAACUAUUUAAUCAGCCAUAACUCGUCCAGAUGCAUGAAACUUUACUUUAUCUUGAUACCUAGACAACAACACAGUGCACCCAUUAGUUGCUUUCUCAUGAACUAGUUAAUGCUUACAGUGAAAUAAACAGCGCUAUGCUUCUCCAGCAAUGAAAUGUAAAACUUCUCAUUUACUGACAUCUCACAUAAGUGUCACCACCAUCUGUGCAUUGAUUUGCUGUAUGUACUGUAUAUACAUGAAUGUAUAUUGUGUAUAUUAGAUCACUCCCUAUGUAUGUGCUAUGAUUUUUUUUUUUUUUGAAACACUCAGCCUUGUGGCAGUCCAGAUCACAGGAGUCAAGGAUUCCCGGAUUUUAAACAUGUGUAUGGCAGCUGUUAAAGAGUGUGCUUUCAAACAUACCCAGCACAUGCUUAAAUGAAGAAUCGUCAUAUUUAUUGCUAUUGUAAGCAGCACAAUGAUCGUUUUUGUUAUUAUUUGUUAUCUUGAAGGGGAAAAACAAUGUAAAAUGCUAAUUUAUUUUAUUUUAUACUAGCUCAGCAUUUGCAAAUUAUUUUUCUAAAUAUUUUUUCUUUCUUUCAAGCUUCACACUUUCUCCCUUUCCCCAAAUUAACCCCCUUAAAGCAGAAUUCAGUAUCCACCCGCAUCUGGGAAAUGUAGAUCAGUGUUUGUGCACUUGGGCAGCUCUUUUCCAAAGCUACUACCCUAUCUGGUUUUUAUUUACAAUAACAACAAAAAAUAUCUGUAUUUAGGUUUCUGUGUUUAGGAUUUUGGGUUCAUAGAAGCACUGGCUUGCCUUUAACAAUUCAAUAGCUUUUAUUCAAGUGCUACCACCUGGAUAGAAAUAAUACAUAUAUCUCAGGAAAUCCAUCCAAAUUUCACAAUAUCAGUGGAAGAAUAUUAAAUAGUUUUUUUUUUAAAUUUCACAAACUCAUAGACAUAAUAGUGGGACAGGCACAUUGAGAGCUUUGCGAGAAAACUGUUAAUUUGUGCAAAUUUAAUCUGAAUCCAAGGUCAUAGCUUAUUGGGACGGAAGAUGAAUUCUGUUUUAUUGUGUUUGUUGCUUUGUGGUUUUCAUAUUAGAAACUGUUACAGAUGUAUUACCAGAAAUGACCGUUUAUGAGAGGACAUUGACUAGCAAGCACAUUCACGCUUAAGAGUACACUAUUUGUGAUACUGUUCUAAGCUUUCUGUCAAAUCUGAGUCUCUGCCUGGCUUCCAUCAUGCCAUGUCUCUAAAUGAAGGACUCAUUUGUUCAUUCUAUGUAAUGUCAAACAAAAACACGGUGCCACAACAGAAGAAAGACCGGGUGCAGCCAAGACAGACUCCCAGUCUGACUCAAUUAAUCACACUACUAUGCUCAACACCCAGACACUUCCAUAACCUUUCAGUGUGGAGCUUUUCUGAGCUGCAGGAUAUGACUCAAAUUCUACCAGUUAAGUCAGCUAGGAAGCUGUGGUUUUCAUGCACCUCGACUCGUUGCCAAACAAGAGCGAAGACAUGCUCAUCUUUUUGAGAUGUGUCUAAAGCAUUUUAUCCAACCCAGUCUUGUUUUCUCUAUGAAUAUGCACUGGUAAUAAAAGCACAUGAUUUACUGAGCUGCUGUGUAUGUGUGUGACUAACAUUUAUGUUUGUUUGCUCUGCAGGGAAUUUUUU